UCGAAACAACACCGCUGCGGGAAAGCUCAAAUAAACUACGCUUCCCAUCAGCCCCCGGGGCAAAGGGCAACCCGACGGACAGCUGCAUGGCGUAGCCUCUUGUGCCAGCGGGGAGGAGUUUUCGAAAACGAAACCGCCCGCGCGCCUGCGCGUGUUUCUCCUGGUUGGGGCAAUGGUUGUGGGCGGCUGUCGGUGGUAGUUGUGGCGGGGAGUGGUGACAGCUGGCCGUAAUUAUGUCAAACAAGGAAGUGAAAGCUGCAUUGAAAGGUGCCAGAGAUGCAAUAAGAAAUAAAGAAUACAAAGAAGCACUGAAACACUGCAAGGCAGUGUUGAAACAAGAAAAAAAUAACUACAAUGCCUGGGUAUUUAUUGGUCUGGCAGCUGCUGAGCUGGAACAACCUGAGCAGGCCCAAGGUGCCUAUCGAAAGGCUGCUGAACUUGAACCAGGGCAGUUGCUGGCAUGGCAGGGUUUAGCAAAUUUGUAUGAAAAAACAAACCAUGCUGGUGCCAGAGAGGAUUUGGUUAAUGUUUACGAGAAACUCCUGGAACUCUAUGAAAGCACUGAUAAACAGAAAUGGUGUGAUGUAUGCAGAAAGCUUGUGGAGGUGGAUCAGCAAGAAAAGAAAUACUUUCAGGCGGCUCGAAUGUGGCACAAGCUGAUAAAAGUGAGACGAGAAGAAGGCGCAGACAGUGCUGAACUUCAUCAGCUAUGGAAGAGAUUGAUCCAGCUACUGGAAGAAUGGUCUCCUCUCCAGGAUAAUGAAACACAGCAGCUGCUCCUUAAGGCGUACGAGGAGGCACUGAAUUCCUCAGACCCAGUUCCAAGUGAAGAUCACCAGAAGCUUUUCAGAGAAUUCAUUCAAUGUCUAUCAAAAUUUCCUCAUGAGUAUUCAGGAUUGAGGAAGGCCUGUGAGAAUAUGAUCAUUUUGUAUCCUGCUGUGAGUUAUCCUCUGGAAGUUCUUUGCUUACACUUCGUUCAGUCAGGCAGUAUGGCUGAAGAGGCCCUCAGUUGUUCUCAGAAGCUUCUGGAUAUUGACCCAAGAAGUGGUCCAGCUCUUAUUGUUUUAGGGAUUCAGUUCCUUCAGGAAAAAAAAUACAACGAAGCUGAAAAAAACCUCACAGAAGGUUUGCAGCAGACCAGCCAGUGUCCAACAGCUUGGUGUUACUUGGGAAAAGUGCAAGUGGAAAUACAUAAGUACAGAGAAGCUGUUCAGUCUUGCAAUCAAGCCUUAAAGAUGUUAGCACAACCCAAUGAACCUGGUUCCAAUCAACAACAAAAAGACAAUGCCUGUCAUCUAAAAGCAGCAGCCUUGAUUAAAAUACCCGGUGCUGAUUCUGCAGAUGAAGCUCUAAGAUGCCUUGAUCAGAUUUUAGAUAAGAACAGUGAUCCAAAACUUAUAGCUCUUAAAGGACAAGCCUAUCUGAAUAAAGGACUUAUUGAUGAAGCUUCAAAGAUUGCACAGGAGCUUAAGGCGAUGCAUCCCAACCUGGCAGAAGCCCACUAUCUUGAAGGUUUAAUUCAGUAUAAGCAAAAAAACUAUCAACAUGCAGAAAGAAGUUUCCAUGAAGCUAUUGCAAAAGAAGCUGAAGUAGCUGACUUCCAUUUCUGCUUGGGUCUCACUUACUGGUUUAUGAGUGAAGAGACAAGAAGAGAUAAAUCAAAAGCUCUUACACAGUUUCUGAAGGCAGCAAAACUUGACACCUACCUUGGAAGUGCUUUCCGUUACUUGGGGCAAUACUAUAAGGAUAUCGCUGGAGAUAAGAACAGAGCUCUUGGCUGUUAUAAAAAGGCUUUUGAAAAAGAUAAAACAGAUGGGGAAGCUGGAGCAGCUGUAGUAGACUUGAGCACUGAGCUUGGGGACUUGNNNNCUGCCCUUGCUAUCUUGACGGAGGUGACGGAACGCGCAAGUGCUGGGAGAGCAAAAUGGGCCUGGCUUCGUCGUGGGCUUUAUUACCUGAGAGCCGGACAGCAUUACCAAGCUGUGGCAGAUUUGCAGGCGGCUCUGCGAGCCGAUCCAAAGGACCCUCACUGUUGGGAGUCCCUCGGAGAGGCGUAUCUAAGUAGAGGGGGACACACGACAGCGCUGAAGUCUUUCCGAAAGGCCAGAGAACUGAACCCCAAGUCUAUAUACAGUAUUUAUAAAGCAGCAGCAAUUGAACAGAUGCUAGGGAAAUAUAAAGAGGCUAUUGCAGAAUAUCAGCACAUCUUAAAGACAACAAAAGAUUACGUUCCUGCUCUGAAAGGUCUGGGAGAAUGUUAUCUUAUGAUGGCAAAAACUGCUCUUGUUGACUACCUGGAUGGGAAGGCUCUGGACUACAUAGAACAAUCCCUUGGUUUUUUAGCACGAGCAGCAAAGCAUCGUCCCGAAGUGUCUUGCCUUUGGAAGUUGCUUGGAGAUGCUUGUACCUGUGUUUGUUUUAUUUCACCAUCCAAAGUGAAUGUGAAAGUUCCUGGGUUCCUUAUUGGUCAGAAUGUGGACAAAUGUAUACUAAAGAAAAGUGAACUGCUGAGCCUUGGAGGAAGGUGUUAUGGCAGAGGAUUAAAACUGAUGUCCUCACCAAAUACGUGGUGUGAUCUUGGCAUAAAUUACUAUAAUCAAGCCCAGCACCUGACAGCAAUGGGCAGUAGUGAGAAUGAGAGCAGUGAACUGUUAGAGAAAUCUGUACAGUGUCUUAAAAAAGCUGUGAGACUGGAUAGCAAAAACCAUCUUUAUUGGAAUGCCCUUGGUGUGGUGGCCUGUUGCAAAGGUGUUGGAAACUAUGCGCUUGCUCAGCAUGCAUUCAUUAGAUCUAUUCAGGCUGACCAAAUUAACAUCAUUGCCUGGACCAAUUUGGGAGUCUUAUAUUUAACAACUGGAAAUAUAGAGCAAGCACAUGAAGCCUUCAAAGUAGCCCAGUCCCUGGAACCCUCUCAUCUAACAUGUUGGAUCGGGCAGGCUCUCAUUGCUGAAGCAGUUGGAAGCUAUGAAACCAUGGACCUCUUCAGGCACACCACUGAACUCAGCAUGCAUACUGAAGGAGCAAAAGGCUAUGCCCAUUGGGUGUGCUCAACCCUGCAAGAUAAAACCAAUAGAAACACUGAUUUGUAUAGAUACAAUAUUCUUCAGAUGAAUGCUGUUCCCGCCGCACAAGUUGCUCUGACUAAAUAUACAGAAAGAAUCCAAAAUGAUGCAUGUGCCUUCACAAUGCUUGGCUAUUUGAAUGAAUAUCUUCAGCUGAAAAAGCAAGCAGCAGAUGCAUACCAGAGGGCAGUUUUGUUGCUGAAGAAUUCUGAAGAUAAAGAAAAAUACAAUGUAGCAAUGAGAAAUUAUGGCAGAUCACUGUGUACUCUUGGCCAUUAUGAUGAUGCCAUUCAAGCUUUCUUGUCAACUGGUCUCUCAGAAUUUGAUGAUAUCAUAGGAAUUGCUCUGGCUUAUUUCAAGAGAGGACACUUUCAAGAAAGUCAAAAGUCUUAUGAGAAAGCUCUCUCUGCUGCUGAAAACGAGCAAGACAAAGCAUCUGUUCUGACAGCCCUGGCAAUAUUGGAAUACAAGCAGAAUCGACUGGAUGCCGCCAAAACCCUCUUAUUUAAAUGCUCUAUAUUACAGGAACCUAAUACAGAAAGUCUGCAAGCUUUGUGUACUUUAGGGCUGAUAGCGCAAGAUGCUACACUUGCAACAGCAGCCCUUAAAGAAUUAUUAAAGCAUUUAGAAAGGAAGGAUGAUCUUUAUAAGAGGUGUCUCCUGACAUCUGCUGUCUAUGCAUUACAAGGCAGAAGCCAGACUGUCCAGAGACAAGUUUCUAAAGCUGUUCACAGCAACCCAAAUAACCCUGUCCUGUGGUCUCUUCUGUCUCGACUGGUACCCAAGUAUACACCAAAGAAUGCAAAGGGUGGGGCUGUGGCGGGGACUGUUGCCCAUAUUCUUGAUUUAAAUCAUGGAAAGAAAGCCUUGCUAAAUACUGCUGUGAAUCAGUUGGCUUAUGGAUGUCACACAGUGGAAGAUGACAAGAACAAUGCCUUGAAGAAUAUUCAAAAGGCUGUCCAUCUUUUUCCAGAUGAUCCUGCUGCUUGGUCUGUGCUCCUGGCUGCCUGUCAUGCUGAAAACACCAUUGUUUGUCUGUAUAAUACAGAGCCCAAGAAGACAAAUUUGGAAAAAAUGAUUGUCACCACAGUCUCAACUAAAACUAAAGAAAAGGAUCUUUCAGCUUCUCACUCCCAGGCUCUUGAAGAGUGGUCCCUUUUCCAAGCCAUUACUGGUUUAAAUGAGACAGGUAGCACAUCAGAAGCUGAGGCUCUCUGUACAAAGGGGUUAAAAACUUUUCCUGAGCAACCAACUUUGUACUUGCUUCUAAGACAAGUUCAGUGUAAACCACUUCUGCAGUCUCACAAGGAGCUUCCUGAUGCCAUCUUGGAAGAACUCCGAAAGGCAGUGAUGUCCAAUUCCACUUCAGUUACAGCGUGGCAUUGGUUGGCGCAAGUAUACCAGUCACAGGGAAUGAUGGUUUCAGCAGAGAUGUGCUACCGAAAAAGUCUGCAGCUGGCAUCCCAGCAGGGCAACUGGAGUGGGAAGCUCUCUAGUCUACUAAGACUUGCUAAGCUUGCCCUAGAAAUCUGCAUGGCUAAUAUUUCAAAUGAUCACUGGCCAUCUCUAGUUCAAGAAGCCACAACAGAAGCCUUGAAAAUUUCUUUUUGCCCUCUGGGUGUUCUGUUUCAAGCACUUCUACAGUAUACUCGCAAAAUGGGAUCAAGAGAGACUCGUCGCAUGCUUGAAAGAGUGGUGUAUCAAUCUGGCUACCCAACAACCAUUACGUCUGUUGCCCGAUGGUAUCUCUUAAGACAUCUAUAUGCCAAAGAUGACUAUGAAUUAAUAGAUGCUCUUGUAGCGAAUGCCAAAGCUAAUGGAGAUGUUCGAGCACUGGAACUAGACAAGAAGCUUGCAGCUGCCGCCUCCUAGCCUGAGCUUCAGAGGGAAGACGGACAGAAGACCUCUUUCCAGUGGCCCACAGCAGCAGCAUCCAGAUAGCAACUCUUCCUUAAGUUCAAGCCUCCUCUCCUGUUAGUGCUAAGAAAACAUAUUUUAAAAGGAAUUUGUUAUUAAACUGCCCAUUUAAAAUUGAAA